AUGGACAUCUGGUGUCAUAGACGUAAACAAGUCGUGAAUCGAGUAUGGGAUUUGCAUCAAGAUAAACUGGUGAAUAAUAUCGACGCCAGGGAAGUCAUAUUUAUCACACACAGAUGGAGUGAUGUUGAAGUAAGUUAUCAGGAUACGACGAACAAGAAAUGGUGGAGAGAUGAAACAAUCAGUGAAAUGUCAAAGAAACUACAUCGAAUCAGAAGGACUUUACGGAAGCAUACACGAUAUGUAUGGAUGGAUACAAUUUGCAUUGACAAGUCGAAUUUAUCGGAGCUUGAUGAAGCCAUUCGUUCAAUGUACAAGUGGUAUGCCAACUGUGCUGCUGUUGUUCUGGAUUCUGAUACUCCUCUGAGUAUAUGGUGCAAGAGAGGCUGGUGUCUACAGGAAGGUGCUGCAGCUGGCCGUCUGUGUGGAAUUUCAAAAGAAGGAACCCUGGUGACCAUGCAAGAAUUAGCCGAUGAGCAGCACCAUAAUCUCUGUACUUUAGAUCUUCACCUAUAUUAUCGACAAGGGAAUGCAGCUGAAAUAUUGGCGAGAAUGGCUGUUCGAGAGACAACACGCGAAGAGGAUAUGGCUUAUGCAUUAGCAGGGAUAUUUUCGAUACACUUGCCAUUGGCGUAUGGAGAAGGGCUCGAAUCUCGUAACCGACUAUUGCACCAGCUGGCAAUCCAAAAAGGCGAUCUGUCUUUUUUAAGCUUCCAGAAUACUCAGGCGAACUUUACUGGCUACUUACCAGGUACUCGUGAUGCUAUCCAUUUGGUUGCACACUGUGAAAGAGCUUCAGUACCGAUCAACGUCAGUCACUUUGGUACAUUAUUUGAGGUCCAGCUUGUCAAAGAAGAAGAUGUAAAACGUGUACUGCAAAAGCUGAAAGGUUGGAAGAUCCUAAAAUUUGCCGAAGGUAGAUCCUUAGGAGUAGGAGAACUGACAGAAGCAUUAGAUGAGACAAAAAAUCCAAGCUCUUCGUGGACGGACGUUGCUAUCAUCCACGAUAUUAGAUCCCUUAUGUUAGUGAAAGCAUACGGCUUAGAUCGGCAGACAGGAGGAGGGCAACCGAUCAAACUCUGCUAUCGGUUGCAGUGCUGCCAGAUAGAAGAAACCGAGUUCGAAAGACUGUUUGAAGAGACCGAUGCUGAAUUUGAAAGAAUCUGGCUAGGCGACAGACCUGUCGGAGUAGGAAGACUCAAAGCAGCCGGAAGUCAGUUACGAAGCCGUCGGAGAAGAAAACAAAGAGAUGACCACAUAGAAGAACAAGCUAUUUCCGAUUUGCAAAUCGUAGAAAAUGAAUGA